GACCCCAGAGAUGACAGUCUUUUUCGGCAACAUCCUGAAUGACCAACUAACCUUUUUCAAGGAGAGCACGGCUUACUCCACAUAGAGAGGGGCCUAGAAAAGGUGUCCUAACCAAAACUCAUCACCACCCUUCACCUGGUUAACCGCAGCCAAUGAGCAUCUUCUGAUGCGGUCAAAUAAAGAUAAAGAGACAAAGGUAUACACCUACCUUCAAAGGUGUAUUCAAAUUAACACUCACAUGUUGGAACAUCAGAACCAUGCUUGAUAUCAGGGAUAGUGGACAUCCUGAGCGUCAUUCUGCUCUAAUUGCCCAUAAACUGUCACGACUUAACAUCGACAUUACUGCUCUCAGUGAAGUUCAUCUCCAUGAGGAAGGCAGCCUUAGAAAACAUGGUGAUGGUUAUACACUCUACUGGUCAGGUAAACCCAGAACUGAAAGGCAUCUUUUAGAAGUUGGCCUCACGAUCAAAAACUCUAUUGUCUCUAAACUUGAAAUUUUGCCGACACGUCUUUCCGAUCGUAUUAUCUCCUUACACCUUCACCUAUACAACAAACAGCAUGUUUUUCUCUUUAGUACAUAUGCCCCAACCCUCCAAGCUGACCCUGCCGAAAAAGAUAAAUUCUACAUCGACCUACGCCGCCAUAUCCAAAGGGUUCCUGCAGAUGAUAAGAUCAUAAUCCUUGGUGAUUUGAACGCCAGAGUAGGAAAGAACUCUGAAGCCUGGAAAGGAGUAUUAGGAAAGCAUGAUGUUGGAAACUGCAAUGAUAAUGGUCUCCUUCUGUUAGAGUUUUGUGCGGAGCAGCAGCUCACCAUCACCAACACUAUCUUCCAGCAGAAAGAUUGUUUGAAGACAACCUGGAUGCAUCCUAGAUCGAAGCACUGGCACCUCAUUGACUAUGUCUUGGUGCAACAGAGAAAUGUUCGCAAUGCUUGUCAUUCCCGAGUGAUGCCUAGUGCAGAAUUUCAAACAGAUCAUCGCCUUGUGCGUUGUAAACUUAACCUUCACUCUAAGCUCAAACCAACCAGUCAUUGCGUCCACAAUGCACUUGCUCUGAAAUUUGGGGACUGAGUACACCAAACACGAUAGAUCAGUGGGAUACAACAGGCCUUUACAACUUCUCUGAACAAACCAGAUCUCUCGAUGGCCGUCUACAGGUAUCUCAUCGUAAAGGAUUACCACAUGUUAUUUACUGUCGUUUGUGGCGCUGGCCAGAUCUUCACAGUCACCAUGAACUUAAAGCAGUUGAAAACUGUGAAUAUGCUUUUAAUCUUAAAAAGGAUGAAGUAUGUGUAAACCCUUACCACUACCAGAGAGUGGAAACACCAGUCUUGCCUCCUGUACUAGUGCCACGGCACACUGAGAUUCUAACAGAACUGCCACCUCUCGAUGACUAUACCCAUUCCAUUCCUGAAAACACUAACUUUCCAGCUGGAAUUGAACCACAGAGCAAUUACAUACCAGAAACACCACCUCCAGGAUAUAUCAGUGAAGAUGGAGAAACAAAUGACCAGCAGUUGAACCAAAGCAUGGAUACAGGAUCUCCAGCAGAGCUGUCUCCUAGUACUCUUUCUCCAGUUAAUCAUAGCCUGGACUUGCAACCAGUUACUUACUCGGAGCCUGCGUUUUGGUGUUCAAUAGCAUAUUAUGAAUUGAAUCAAAGAGUGGGAGAAACCUUCCAUGCAUCCCAACCUUCCCUGACUGUAGAUGGCUUUACAGAUCCUUCAAAUUCAGAACGAUUUUGUCUAGGUUUGCUUUCCAAUGUAAACAGAAAUGCUACAGUGGAAAUGACAAGGCGACAUAUAGGAAGGGGAGUACGUCUCUAUUACAUUGGUGGAGAAGUUUUUGCUGAGUGCUUAAGUGAUAGUGCAAUUUUUGUUCAGAGCCCCAAUUGUAAUCAAAGAUAUGGCUGGCAUCCUGCAACUGUGUGCAAAAUUCCACCAGGAUGCAAUCUAAAAAUCUUUAAUAACCAAGAAUUUGCUGCUCUUCUGGCUCAAUCUGUGAAUCAGGGUUUUGAAGCAGUUUAUCAGCUUACUAGAAUGUGUACCAUAAGAAUGAGUUUUGUUAAAGGAUGGGGAGCUGAAUACAGGCGGCAAACAGUAACAAGCACUCCUUGCUGGAUUGAACUUCAUCUGAAUGGACCUCUACAAUGGUUGGACAAAGUAUUAACUCAGAUGGGCUCCCCUUCAGUACGCUGCUCCAGCAUGUCGUAAAACUCCUUCCUCUGUUACCAGUGGGCUAAAUAUCAAGUCCAAUCAACAGACUUAAUAUAAUAGUUCAUCUGUCAUAGUACUUGUGUGUGGUCCCCAUGAACUGUUUACCAUCCAAAAAUGUUUUGUAAAAAGAAAAA